ACAGGCUCCAUUCCCCAAUGACCCCAGGAGGACACCGUCUGUGCAACGGCCGAGUGGCAAAACGCCCCUAUCUUCCUGUACCGGACUGGUCUCACCAAGCCGCCCAGAACAAUUUGAACUUACCAUUAACUCUACAGUAGCCACAACACCUGCUACUGUAGUCCACCCGGCUCACUCAGUCUGCAGUCCUCCGGCAUCGGAUCCUCUCUCUAACCUUGCCCUAUUGCCUGUGGUCAACCAUCACGCCCCGCCACUGGCUGAAAUCCCCUGGAGGCUAAUUUCUUUGGAAGCGAUAUUCAAAAUCCCUUAUCAACUAAUGCAACUACAGGUGGAGGAUCUCCCACACCGCUUCGAUGAUCCUCGUCUGCGAGGCCACUUAACGGCUGCUGCAUUACGUCCGCUACCUCUUUCCUCUGUAAUUCUUGGCACUACCCAAACUACUACGGUUGUAAACACCACUCCAAGUGGCACAUUUGGCAUCAGUCCCCCUCCGGAAAUUGGGCUUGGAGAAAAUCUUUCGAGCUGCAUUGACUUAACUAUCUCGAAUUCGAUAGCUGGUGACCCUCGGGUAAAAAAAGCAUCAAAAUAUGAUGCUACCGAGCUCAAUGCAUCUGGUGAAACGUUUAGCGACCCUUUGCCCGUGCAGAUUGGGCCUACCUCUGAAUUUGCUCUUCCAAAUGACAGACAACUACAACAACAAACUCUCAAAAAUCGACAGGAGCAGAUGCCACUUACUCGGAUAGAUUGUCAGGAGCACCUUGAACCUCGCAUUGCUCAGCACCAGGUCCCGCUUUCCGCCCACACGGAAAUCUUACAGUCAUCUCCAUAUCCCACCACUCAGCCUACUGGCAAUGAGUCUCGGAGACCCUUUAAGCUUCAGCUAAACGAGAUGGCUAAUGUAUUUCCGGGCGCUCUCAAAAGGUCUGUCAUCAAAACG